UUCUCUCAACGAAUUGAAACCCACUUCAGCCGUUAAUACUUUUCACAUACUUUGUGGGAAAGAAAAAACAGAGCAUUUCAGAAGCUGAUGGCCGGAAAAACAGGGUCUACGCCGGCGACAUAUUCGCCGUCUCCGGCAACGCGGAAGAAGAAGAGAACUCCCAUUGGUGAUGCUGAUUGGGUUCGCCCCGAUAAUCGUAGCUUCUACCAGUGCCGUUUGGGCCAAGGGAAAGUAAGAAGGCAAUGAUGUACAGUGAUACAGGACGCUUAAAUUGUAACAUUAGUUACACAACUUUUGCCACCCCUGAUCAUGGACAGGGAUCAGACAACACGGAGCUUUCCUCAAUGCUACAUAAAGCUUUAGAGGGUGCUAUAAUUCUGGAAUCCUUCCCAAAGACUACUGUGGAUGUUUUUGCUUUGGUAUUGGAAUCUGGUGGAAGUGAUCUCCCUGUGGUCAUAUCAUGUGCUAGUCUAGCUUUAGCAGAUGCAGGAAUUUUGCUGUAUGACUUGGUUGCCUCAGUUUCUGUGUCUUGUCUUGGAAAGAACCUCGUCAUUGAUCCCGUUUCUGAGGAAGAAAGCUACCAAGAUGGAAGCUUAAUGAUUACUUGUAUGCCUUCACGUAAUGAGGUCACUCAACUGUUUAUAACUGGAGAAUGGUCAACACCAAAGACUAAUGAGGCAAUGGAGCUAUGCCUUGGUGCUUGUUCCAAACUGUGUGAGGUUAUGAGAUCAUGUUUGAAAGAUGCUGUUACUGAUUCAAAAGAAUAGACCAUGGCAUUUCUUUGUGGAUCCUUUACUCUCUGGCAGUCAAAAUAUCCAUAGUCACAAGACGACUUCUCAAGACUGCACGCAUAUUUCCAGCACGCUUCUUGCCUCUCAAUUGAUAGAAGAUACCAGCAAGCUUCCAGUACCUUCAUUUGCAAAAGCAAAAUGGCUGCUUAUAUGUUAAUUUAUUUUUGGAGGGAGGAUUUCAGUUUCAUAAACAAACCAAUUUUCAUAAGACAUGAAAGGUUGUGACGCCUAUGAUGCGAGGACAGCUGGUGAGGGCGGGUCAAGGUGAAUGACUGGUAAGACUUAUAGGCUGGGAAGUUUUUGAAAAUGGGGUGCAUAUAAUACCAUAGGCAAAUCCCAUGUUGGAAAGGGAGGAGAAAGUGAAAUACUAUAUAAGACAAAGCACAAUUUCAUAUGGUGUGCAUACUUUCGGCUUGAUGUGGCAUAGCCAAAAAAUUGUGAGGUUUGUUGGCCAAAACAGACAAUAUGUACCAUGGUCUUGGACUGUGAGAAAGAUAAAUAUCAAGUGAACAGAAGCUCAGAAUUCACUUACAUGGCUUGCUAACAUGUAGAGCAUCAGGUUGUAAGUAGCUCCAGCUCCAGCCCAUGCUGUUUCUGUCACAACACCAUUUGAUCAUUUGUGAUGACAAUGGAAAAAAUGAUACUGAAUCGCCCCUUAAAUUAGGGAUAACAGCCCAAAUUAAUGCCUGAAAACAUGACAAAGCAAUAGAUUACUUUCAAACCUGUUCGAUUUCAUUCUACCAAGGAUAAUAACAAGUACACAUGUUUCUAGUGGCUAAAUUGUGGUAAAGGCAGAGCUGCAGUGAUAUCAAUAAAGGAACCGUUUCUCAAGUAUAUCUUAGUGCUACCUUUGAAGUAACAAGCUCUCCUCUCCCAAAUACUCGAGAAGAUUGAGCAACAUAAGCAGUUCUAAAUCGAAAAAGAUAUCAGCUAUUGUUCCAUCUAUGAAUUAUAGGUCCUCGGGGAUUUUCUACACCUGUUAUCCUUCUUAUCA